AUGAACAAGGGUUAUGCGCAAGACCGGCCGAUCAGGCAGAAGCGAGAGGAGGUCAAGACACCCACCCCUUUGAACAUUCCACGUACAAAGUUAUUGAUGGAAAUACAGCACAUGAAAGAGCUCGAAUGGCCUAAACCGAUGCUAACUCCUUCCGGCAAGAGAAAUCAGAGUAAGUACUGCAAUUUUCACAGAGAUCACGGGCAUGAUACUGAAGAAUGCCUACAAUUAAAGGAAGAAAUUGAGCGCCUGCUAAGACGGGGACUAUUGGCUAGGUAUGUGAAAAAUGACAAGGGCAAGCAAAGGCUCGAAGGUCUACCCCCAUCGAGGGCAGGAGUGAUAAACAUGAUCAUCGGAGGAAUAGCAUCAGGCGGCGACUCAAAUUCGGCUAGAAAAAGCUAUGCGCGUUCCGCAGGGGUCUGCUCUAUUCAGAAAAAAGCAAGAUUCAACCAGAGCAUUACUUUCGAUGAAGGGGACUUGAUUGGUGUGACGCACCCCCAUGAUGACGCCUUAGUAAUAGUAGGCGAUAUAACGGAUUUUGACGUGAAAAGGGUGUUAGUCGACAGAGGAAGUGCGGCAAAUGUCCUCACCUGGGAUGCCUUCUUGGGUCUAAAAGUUCCCCAAGAGAAGUUGAAGAUGGUGACUACCCCCUACAAGGCUUUGGAGGGGCAACAGUGA